AUGCCUGCUACUUUACAUGAUUCUACGAAAAUCCUUUCUCUAAAUACUGGAGCCCAAAUCCCUCAAAUAGGUUUAGGUACGUGGCAGUCGAAAGAGAACGAUGCUUAUAAGGCUGUUUUAACCGCUUUGAAAGAUGGCUACCGACACAUUGAUACUGCUGCUAUUUACCGUAAUGAAGACCAAGUCGGUCAAGCCAUCAAGGAUUCAGGUGUUCCUCGGGAAGAAAUCUUUGUUACUACAAAGUUAUGGUGUACACAACACCACGAACCUGAAGUAGCGCUGGAUCAAUCACUAAAGAGGUUAGGAUUGGACUACGUAGACUUAUAUUUGAUGCAUUGGCCUGCCAGAUUAGAUCCAGCCUACAUCAAAAAUGAAGACAUCUUGAGUGUGCCAACAAAGAAGGAUGGUUCUCGUGCAGUGGAUAUCACCAAUUGGAAUUUCAUCAAAACCUGGGAAUUAAUGCAGGAACUACCAAAGACUGGUAAAACUAAGGCCGUUGGAGUCUCCAACUUUUCUAUAAAUAACCUGAAAGAUCUAUUAGCAUCUCAAGGUAAUAAGCUUACGCCAGCUGCUAACCAAGUCGAAAUACAUCCAUUACUACCUCAAGACGAAUUGAUUAAUUUUUGUAAAAGUAAAGGCAUUGUGGUUGAAGCUUAUUCUCCGUUAGGUAGUACCGAUGCUCCACUAUUGAAGGAACCGGUUAUCCUUGAAAUUGCGAAGAAAAAUAACGUUCAACCCGGACACGUUGUUAUUAGCUGGCACGUCCAAAGAGGUUAUGUUGUCUUGCCAAAAUCUGUGAAUCCCGAUCGAAUCAAAACGAACAGGAAAAUAUUUACUUUGUCUACUGAGGACUUUGAAGCUAUCAAUAACAUAUCGAAGGAAAAGGGCGAAAAAAGGGUUGUACAUCCAAAUUGGUCUCCUUUCGAAGUAUUCAAGUAA